UAAAACCAAAUUACUGUAGUUACACUAGCUCAACCAAAAUAGAAGUUCCGGGUAAAAUGGUGUGUCCCUGCCUAAUAGGACUGUAUUUUCCAGGUUUAAGAUGUACAUCCUAGGAAGGGUGGGGCCGGAAAGCCAAUCCACUCUGUGGAACUGACAAGACCAAAGCUGCAGGAAAAUGGACAGUGAGGUACAACGAGAUGGAAGGAUCUUGGAUUUGAUUGAUGAUGCUUGGCGGGAAGACAAGCUGCCAUAUGAGGAUGAGCUUCCAGAGCCUGAGCAGGACAACAGCAGCACCACAGAGUGUGUGAAAGAACAGGAGAUGAAGUGGACAGACCUGGCCUUGCAGUGCCUCCACGAGAAUGUCCCAUCUGCUGGAAACUGA